UGUGAUUGAUGCCAUGCCGACCCUCUGAAGAUGACACUGGGCAAACUUCUCUCAGGUGCCGAAAUGGCACGAAUGUGCUUUGUCUUCCUGCUGAUGAGCAACACCGCCUCAGUCUCCACACAGUUUAACGGAUACAACUGUGAUGCCAACUACCACAGCAGGUUUCCAGCUGAGCGAGACAUCAGCGUUUACUGCGGGGUUCAAACCAUCACACUGAAGAUCAAUUUCUGCCCGGUCCUGUACUCAGGCUACACGGCUGUGGAUUUGGCCCUGAACAGCCAUCACAGUGAUUCUCAGUGCCGCGGCUUCAUCAACAACAACACCUUCCCCACAGCGGUUCUGUUCAGCGUCAGCCUCAGCACCCUUGAGGCUUGCGGUAACAGCCUGGUGGUCAGCACAGCCUAUGGGGCCAACGCCUAUGGGAACAUGUCUCUAGUACAAAUUGGGAAUAUUUCAGGCUACAUUGACACCCCUGACCCGCCGACUAUAAUCAGCUACCUGCCUGGUUUGCUGUAUAAAUUCAGCUGCAGCUACCCGCUGGAAUACCUGGUCAAUAGCUCACAGCUGGCAUCCUCCUCUGCUGCUGUAUCCGUCAAGGACAGCAACGGCACUUUUGUUAGCACCCUGAGUAUGAUCCUGUACAAUGACUCCACGUACAACCAGCCACUGUCUAUCCCGAUGAGUGGGCUGGCUCUGAAAACCAGAGUGUUUGCUGCUGUCAAAGCCACAAAUUUAGACAAACGAUGGAAUAUCUUUAUGGACUACUGUUACACAACCCCCUCAGGGAAUCCUAAUGAUGAACUCCGCUAUGACCUUUUCUUUGGCUGCACCAAGGACUCGCAAACGACUGUCUUUGAGAAUGGCAAGAGUCAGAUGGGCCGCUUUUCCUUUGAGGUUUUCCGGUUUGUGAAACACAGGCAUCAGAAGAUGUCAACCGUGUUUCUGCACUGCGUCACCAAGCUUUGCCGGGCAGACGACUGCAUCAUGCUCAUGCCAAUUUGUGGGCGACGACGCAGGCGGGAUGAAGAGCAGAGCCUUGAAUCCCAGCCAGCAGCAUCCGGGAGCGCCAUUAUCACUGCUGGUCCGAUCAUCACCAGGAGUGAUGAAAUUCCUGUCAACAACUCCCAACUAGCGACCGGGGAUCCCUCCCACACAAUGAGCCCUGUGACUGGAGCGCUGAUCUCAGGUGUGGUCAUCCUAAGUGGGAUCAGUGUGAGCUUCUUCCUGCUGUCGCUCCGCCUCCUUCAGAAGUCCCGCCUCCAAACAUCUGGCUCGUCAGGUGUUUGGAACCCAACUUUUAAAUGA